UGUUCCAGAACAAUUAAUAAAAAAUACAAAGAUUGUCGAAUUGGGAAGAUCUUGAUUUGGUUUUGAGAUUUUCGAUCUUUAGAUUUUAAAGAAUGAAUUCUGAACGUUGUGCUGCUUGCAAAUACUUGAGAAGAAGAUGCCCUUCAGAUUGCAUUUUCGCUCCUUAUUUUCCUUCCAAUAAUCCUCAAAGAUUCGCAUGCGUUCACAAAAUCUAUGGUGCCAGCAACGUAGGAAAAAUGCUCCAGCAACUCCCAACUCACAAACGUGUCCAGGCAGCAAAUUCCUUGUAUUAUGAGGCACAAUGCAGAAUUCAAGAUCCUGUCUAUGGCUGUGUUGGUAUAAUCUCUCUGCUACUUCAACAAAUACACAAAGCAGAAAACCAGCUAGCUAAAACCCAAGCGGAAAUCGCCGUCCUCAGCAAUUCUCAUACACAAGAUUCUCAAUUUCAACAAAAUUUUUUGCUACAACAAGGCAAUGUAGGCCAGUCCAGCCGCCCUUCCACUCAACCUUCCUCCUGGUUUAAAUGAUUUUUUGUU